CUUAAGUAGAUUCCUCGUUUGUAAUGAUACUUAAGAAAAGGUAGCUUUGCUUAAAGUCUAUAUCGGUUUUGAAAAUUCAAUCGUGUGCUAAACUUCGUUGAACAAUGAAGUUUCUUCUUCUCUUAAUAGCAGCUUUUGGGCUUUGCCAUGGGAAAAACCUAUUUCGAGGACGUUCUGAAGAAGAAGCAGCUAAAUAUCUUCAAAAUAUCAAUGUUGAGUUAAAUAAACAGACCAAUCUUGAUACUGAAGCUAGUUGGGCCUACACUUCUAACAUUACCGAUGCGAAUGAAAAAGUUAAAAAUGAAGUAUCUGCUAAUACAGCAAAAUUUAAGAAACAAAUUGCUGAAGAUUUGAAAGAAUAUGAUUGGCAAAACUUCAAAGAUCCUGAUUUGAAGAGACAAUUUCAAAUGUUAGGGAAAUUAGGUUAUGCUGCAUUGCCUGAGAAAGACUACGAUGAACUUUUGUCAACUUUGUCAAUGAUGGAUUCAAACUACGCAAAGGUAAGAGUUUGCAGUUAUAUCGAUAGAAUGAAUUGUGAAAUGCAGUUGGAACCAGAAUUGACGGAGAUUUUAACAACAAGUCGAGAUCCUGAAGAGCUGGCAUAUUAUUGGAAUAUGUGGUAUGACAAAGCUGGUACACCAACAAGAAAAAGUUUUGACAGAUAUGUUGAACUCAAUACAAAGGCUGCUAAAUUGAACAAUUUCACAUCCGGAGCUGAACUUUGGUUGGCUGAGUACGAAGAUGAAACCAUGGAACAGCAGUUGGAAGACAUUUAUUCUGAAAUUCGUCCACUUUAUGAACAGAUUCAUGGUUAUGUCCGCUGGCGUUUGCGACAGGUAUAUGGCGAUAAAGUUGUUUCAGAAAAGGGACCUAUUCCAAUGCAUUUGUUGGGGAAUAUGUGGGCUCAAACCUGGGGUGAGAUUGCAAGUAUUGUUUCACCUUUUCCCGAUAAGCCUCUGAUUGAUGUAACCGAUGAAAUGGUUCGUCAAGGAUAUGACUCGAAGAAAAUGUUUGAAUUAGCUGAUGAAUUCUUCCAGUCUUUAAAUUUGAAGAAACUUCCAAAAGCAUUUUGGGAAAAGAGCAUAAUUGAAAAACCAACUGAUGGUCGUGAUUUGAUUUGUCACGCCAGUGCUUGGGAUUUUUUCCUCACCGACGAUGUUCGUAUCAAACAAUGUACUCGAGUUACUCAAGAUCAAUUGGCUACAGUUCAUCAUGAACAAGGACAUAUCCAAUACUAUCUUCAAUACCAGCAUCUUCCUAAUGUAUAUCGAACUGGUGCAAAUCCAGGCUUCCAUGAAGCUGUUGGUGAUGUUUUGGCUCUAUCAUUUUCAACACCAAAACAUUUGGAGAAAAUUGGUCUUCUCAAAGAUUACAAAAAUGAUGAAGAAGCUCGUUUGAAUAAAAUGUUCUUGACAGCUUUGGACAAAAUUGUCUUCUUGCCAUUUGCAUUCACAAUGGACAAAUAUCGUUGGGCUCUUUUCCGAGGACAAGUCAAGAAUGGAAAUUGGAAUUGUGCCUUCUGGAAGUUAAGAGAAGAAUACUCUGGUAUUGAGCCUCCAAUUGUUAGAACCGAGAAUGAUUUCGAUGCUCCUGCCAAGUAUCAUAUUUCUGCUGAUACAGAGUAUCUAAGAUACCUAGUGUCUUUUAUUAUUCAAUUCCAAUUCUACAAAUCAGCUUGUAUUAAAGCUGGUCAAUAUGACCCCACAAAUCCUGAAUUGCCAUUAGAUAAUUGUGAUUUUUAUGGAAGUGCAGAAGCUGGUAAAGCUUUUGAAGCUAUGUUAUCAAUGGGUGCUUCUAAACCAUGGCCCGAUGCAAUGGAAGCAUUUACUGGAGAACGAAAAAUGACUGGAAAAGCAAUAGCUGACUAUUUUGAACCAUUGAGAGUUUGGCUUGAAGCAGAAAAUAUUAAGAACAAAGUUCAUAUUGGUUGGAGCAAAUCGGAUAAAUGUAAACCAUAUUAGAGAAUUAAAGAAUAAUAAAAUACUUACAUCUUCUCUCAACUAAAA